AACUUUCUUCCCAUGUGUUGUAUCUCAGCAGCUCGUCAGAGAAACGCCCCGGUUCUCUUCAGUGAUCAGGAGAGUCCCGGAGUUUACGGAAAAGUACGGAAAGCAGCGAGCUCCAUCGACCGGUUCAGCAUCAGACUGGGUAUCUUCUUGAGGCGUUACCCAAUGGCCAGAGUUUUCGUUAUCCUCUACAUAGCGCUGCUGCACCUCUGGGUGAUGGUGGUGCUCCUGACGUACACUCCAGAGAUGCACCCCAGCCACCCUGAUGGAAGAUAAAAGGAUUUUAAGAGUUGGUUAUUCUCCCUUCGCUGUGAGGAUGGUAUAAGCUGCUGGAUUUUGGGCUCUGGGUCCUGCCUCUCCCUGUUUUGCACAGAAAUGCUAUGAAUUAAAAGACAUUUCCUCCGAUGUAUUCUUUAUUUUUUACAAGUGAAGAUCGAUAGCUGACAUUGAGUUUUAAAAUAAUUAAUUACAGAGGGAUUAUGUGUUAUGUGGAUGGUCUUCUGAAAGGAUAUU